CAAAUCGAGGAGAUCUGGGAUCCAUUAUGGCGGAAAAGACGUCGAUCGACGAACUUGAGGAUAGUAUUAUGACAGAGAAAAAGGAUGAUUUUCUCCGAAUAUCUGGAGAUAGUGAUUUCCAGGGUCGUAGCAAUUCUAUCUUUGGAUGUCUAGACAAGCUUGAACCUCAACAAAAGGCUGAUGAUGGUGAACCCGAGUGCAAACCUCAAGGCGCUCGUCCGCCAAGGCGAGUACCAGACCAUAUUUUACACCCUCAAAAAUGGACGAAGUAUAGUCUGGAGGAAGAUGGAAGUGAAAGGAUUCAAGGAAUUUCUGGCGAUGCAUUAAAUAGACAGGCUGCUCUCUCCUUUAUGGACGAGAUACGCAAAAGGAAAGAAGAUGCUCCCAAAGAAAAUUCAGAAUCCUAUGUAGAGAUGACUGAGAAACAUGUGUUUUCGAAAACAGCCAUCAAGCAUAAAAUGGAAAUCGAUGAAAUACCUUCCCGCUCACAAAGUGUGGAGGGUGUGAACAUUAUGGCGGAAUAUGUAGUUGGACGAUCUCGGGCUAAAGCUCCCAAAACACAGCUGUCUUCAGCUGAAAAAGGAUUUCGGUCUGCUGGGAAUUCGGUUGAACUUGAUCACCUGCAAAACCAGGAAGUUUCUGACUAUUCCUUAGAGAAAACAAAACAGGUCUCCGAUUCUGCAACAGGAGAAAAACAAGAAGCAUCCUUUACUAAAAGAAAGAUCAAGGGUCGCAAGGGAUUGCGUGAACGAAAAGGAACAGAUGAUGAAGAAUGAUUCGUUCAUCUAGUCAUAUAUAAAUGCAUAUGUAUAAAGCGUCACUUUGAAACAGGAACGUACCAUUUAAUAGUCAUUGGGUUAGUAUUUCCAUGGGAUCAAAGGAUCUUAGGUUGUUCAUAAUAUAAGAUGGCAAAGCCAGCAAAAGGAAUUAACCCUCUGUCAUUGUUGAACCAUUGGCAUGUAGUCAAUUUAAGUCAAUUUAUUUCCCAGAAUCCUCAUAAAUAUCAACUUAUCAACCUUUUUACACAAUCAGAAGGUUAGGAAAACCACAGAAAUUUCUAAUUGACGAAGUGAAAGAAGUUCAUUCCAAUCCGAUUCUAGGUUAUAUAUCUAUUUGAGUUUUCAAAACAUAAUUUGUGAUACAGAGAUUAAAUUCAAUGGCCCUUGAUAAGCAGACAGCUUAGGGGCUAAAGAUAUUUGACAUAGCAAGGACAAAAGAUGAGACUAGAUAUAAUUUUGUGUUUGUUGAAAGAAACUUCUACCUGAGCCAGGUACCAUUAAAUGUAAUCUAAUCACUGCA